AUGUCAGAAUUCGAUGGCGACCAGGGGAUUUUGAGCAACGUUUCUCCAGCAAAGAAAAAGCCCGAUUCCGAUGCUGGUGGCCGGCCUGCCACACCACCAAGGUGUACGCAACAAGGAAAGCAUGGGCAAAACAUGCCACAAGGGCCCAUGCUGGUGGAAUCGAGAUUAUGGGAAACCCGUUGCGGCGAUCGCUGUGAUCGCUGGGCCAAACGCAAAUCUGAGCAUCGGAUUCCGCUCCGACUCAUCACCCUGGCUCCCACACACACGUCCAUCGGCCAUCGCCCUGGGCGCCCACCCAGUUCGUCACCGAUGGUCCUCAACGAGCGGCACUUGGCCGGAAGCAGCAAUGCCAUCGAUCAGAGAUAG